AUGAGCCGCCAAUUCACCUGCAAGCCUGGAGCUGCUGCCAAGGGGGGCUUCAGCGGCUGCUCAGCCGUGCUCUCUGGGGGCAGCUCAUCCUCCUACCGGGCAGGGAGCAAAGGGCUCAGCGGGGGCUUCAGCAGCCGGAGCCUUUACAACGUGAGAGGUACCCGGAGCCUCUCCUUCAAUGUGGCCAGUGGCAGUGGCCGGGCUGGGGGCUACGGGUUUGGCCGGAGCCGACCCACUGGCUUUGCGGGCAGCAUGUUCGGCAGUGUGGCCCAGGGGUCCGCGGGUCCAUUUGUCUUCCUGCCAGGAGGCAUCCACCAGGUCACUGUCAACAAGAGCCUCCUGGCCCCUCUGCAUGUGGAGCUGGACCCCGAGAUCCAGAAAGUGCGCAGCCAGGAACGGGAGCAGAUCAAGGCUCUGAACAACAAGUUCGCCUCCUUCAUCGACAAGGUGCGCUUCCUGGAGCAGCAGAACCAGGUGCUGGAGACCAAGUGGGAGCUGCUGCAGCAGCUGGACCUCAACAACCGCAGGAACAACCUGGAGCCCAUCUUCGAGGGCUACAUCAGCAGCUUGCGGAGGCAGCUGGAGACACUGUCCGGGGACCGUGUGAGGCUGGACUCGGAACUGCGGAGCAUGCGUGAUGUGGUGGAGGACUACAAGAAGAGGUAUGAAGAGGAGAUCAACAAACGCACAACUGCUGAGAACGAAUUCGUGGUGCUCAAAAAGGAUGUAGAUGCAGCAUACAUGAGCAAGGUGGAGCUGCAGGCCAAGGUGGAAGCCCUGGACAAGGAAACUAAGUUCUUCAAGUGCUUGUAUGAGGGGGAGAUCGCCCAGAUGCAAUCCCACAUCAGCGACACAUCUGUCAUCCUGUCCAUGGACAACAACCGUUCGCUGGAUCUGGACAGCAUCAUCGCUGAGGUCCGCACCCAGUACGAGGAGAUCGCCCAAAGGAGCAAGACUGAGGCCGAAACACUGUACCAGACCAAGUUCCAGGAGCUGCAGCUGGCAGCUGGCCGCCACGGGGAUGACCUUAAACACACCAAGAACGAGAUCUCAGAGCUGACCCGACUCACCCAGAGGCUGCGCUCAGAGAUCGAGAAUGUGAAGAAGCAGUGCAGCAACCUGGAGACGGCCGUGGCUGACGCCGAGCAGCGGGGUGAUUGCGCCCUCAAGGAUGCCCGGGCCAAGCUGGACGAGCUGGAGGCUGCCCUGCAGCAGGCCAAGGAGGAGCUGGCCCGGAUGAUGCGCGAGCACCAGGAGCUGAUGAGUGUGAAGCUGGCCCUGGACAUUGAGAUCGCCACCUACCGCAAGCUGCUGGAGGGCGAGGAGUGCAGAAUGUCUGGAGAAUAUACCAACUCCGUGAGCAUCUCGGUCGUCAGUAGCUCCACAGCUGGGACUUCAGGCACCGGGUCUGGCUAUGGGUUCGGCGGGGCUGGCAGCUACAGUUUCCGGCAGGGCGCCCUCGGAAGCUACAACAUGCUGUCUGGUGGCUGUGUCACCGGCAGCGGGAACUGCAGCCCCAGUGGGGAGGCCAGGUCCAGGCUGGGCAGUGCAAGUGAGUUCAAGGACACCCCAGCCAAGACCUCAGCUUUGAAUUCAGCCACCAAGAAAGCCACGAGAUAG